UGUGUAGUAUCAUUCAUUUGUAUAGCUUUAGUUCUACUUCCAUCUCAGAUAGAAGCUCUGGGCCAAACUUGGUUGGAGAGGCAAAAAUCUGGUGGAGAUUAUAGUGGCGGUUGGUCGUUGAGGAACGAGAAACACGUCGUGGUGACCAUCACGCAUUUGGAAGUGGAGUUCAUAAGAGACUUUCUGGACGAGUUUUACGCGCAUCCGGAAAACCAGUUGAUUCAAGUGAUUUUGCUUUCACCUGCUGAACUCGAUAAUCAGACUCGUCUUCUUUUGAAAAUUCCUUUAUAUAACGAACGAGUGCACUACAUAAGAGGCAGCGCACUUCGUGAUGAGGAUUUGGAGAGAGCUCGUCUAGGUGCAGCGCAAGCUUGCUUCAUUCUCUCCGCUAGACAUCAAAACAAAAAAAUCAUUACGGAUGAGCAUACUAUUUUACGCUCUUGGGCCGUCAAAGAUUAUGCGCCGCAUGUGAAACAGUAUGUGCAGAUCUUCAGAGCUGAAACCAAGAUGCAUAUAGAACAUGCAGAGGUACUAAUUUGCGAAGAUGAGUUCAAGUAUUCAUUAUUAGCGAACAACUGCAUAUGUCCAGGAAUUUCCACUUUCAUCACCCUUUUGAUGCAUACUUCAAGAGGAGAAGAAGGCAAAAAGUCCACGGAACCAUGGCACAAAGUAUAUGGAUUUCACUCUGGAAAUGAGAUCUAUAUGAUACGAGCAGGAGAUUCGAAAUUUUUCGGCGAUUUUAUAGGAAAAACCUUCACAUAUGCGUCUUUUUAUGCUCAUCGAACGUACGGUAUCGGUCUGAUUGGUGUAAAAUCGAACGAAGUCAACGCCAAGAUACGCUUGAAUCCUGGCGUCACGCAUAUCGUGCAAGGCACAGAUAUUCUGUACUAUAUGGGGCUGACAAAUGAAGAAUCGCUCUAUGAUUUCCGUAAAGAUCUUAAGGAUCAGAGAAGAAAAGCGAAUUUGGCAUCGACGAUAGCUAACAUU